AUGGCUACCAACGGCAGCUUCGCUCAGCAGGACCAGCACAAGGCCGCUGUUGAGCAGUUCCCCGCCUCCGCCGACAACAGCAACUUGGCCAAGGAUGAGGUCGGCUGGUACUUUGUCGAGCAGUACUAUACAACUCUGAGCAAGUCUCCUGAGAAGCUUCACCUCUUCUACAGCAAGCGCUCUCAGCUGGUCUGCGGCCAAGAGGCCGAAGUCGCCAACGUCUCUGUCGGCCGUCAGGCCAUUCAAGAGCGCCUCAAGUCCCUCGAAUUCCAGGACUGCAAGGUUCGCGUCUCCAACGUCGAUUCCCAGGCUUCCGACGACAGCAUCGUCAUCCAGGUCAUCGGCGAGACCUCCAACAAGGGAGCUGAGCCGAGGAAGUUUGUGCAAACUUUCGUCCUCGCCAAGCAGCCUUCUGGAUACUUUGUCCUGAACGACAUGCUGCGAUACAUCGAUGAAGAGGAUGAUACUGAGGCUGAAGAGGCCGAAGAAGAGUCUGCCGCCCCCGCCUCCGAGGCUCCCGAGCCCGCUCCCGAGCCUGUCGUCGAGGCUGCCCCCGUGGAGAAGAAGCUCAUCUCCGAGGUCGCUGAAAAGGCGACCGCCAACGGCAAGCAUACCGAGGCUGAGCCCAAGGUCGAGGCUCCUGCUGCACCUGUCGCUGAGCCCAUUGUUGAGGAGCUCGCCGAGGAAGAGAUCAAAGAGGAGGAGAAGCCCAAAGAGCCUGCUCCUACCCCUGCCAAGGUCGAGACUCCUGCUCCUGAGCCUACCGGUCCUCCCAAGCCCAUGACUUGGGCUAGCCGCGCUGCAGCGGCUGCUGGACCCCGCCCUGUUGUCCCGCUGCCUAAGACUGCUACUCCUCCCGCCACCAAUCAGAGCCGCGCCCCUGCUCCCGCUGCCGCAGCUGCUCCUGCUCCUACUCCUGCGGCUACUGCUACUGCUCCUGCCGCCGCCGCCGCUGCCGCCGCCGAGUCCGCUCCCAAGGAAACUUCCGGCUGGCAGACUGCUGGCGCCGACUCCAAGCGCCAGAACAAACCCCAGUCCACCUCCGCUGGUGCAGCUGAGAAGGAGGGCACCAUGGGCUAUGUCAAGUAUGUCACCGACAAGGUCCAAGAUGCUGACCUGCGAGCUGCCCUUGCCGCUCACGGCGAGCUUAGCUACUUUGACAUCAACCGCCAGAAGAACUGCGCAUUCGUCGAGUAUAAGACGCUUGAGGGAUACCAGGCAGCUGUGUCUAGCAACCCUCACACCGUGAAUGGCGAGAAUAUUAUCGUUGAGCCUCGUCGCCCCAAGACUGCCGGCCACAAUGGUGGCGCCAGCUUCGGCGCUGGCCGCGGCAACGGCGCUCCCCGUGGCCGAGGCGGGUUCGAGGGCAACCGCAACGGUGGCCAGGGUAACAACCGUGGCAAUUUCGGUGGCCAGAACCGUGGCCGUGGUGGCGCUGCUCGCGGCCGUGGCGGUGCCCAGGCCGCCAACAACGCCUAA